AUGGAUCGAAUUGAUAAAGAUAUCUUAAAAGAUUUUGAUGAUAAAAUCAAAGCCAACAGCAAUGAUGAUGAUUCAGAUUCAGGUGACGAAAAAUUCGAAAAACAGCUCAACAAUAUAGAUUUUUAUGCAGUUUUAAAUAUACCAAGAAAUGCAUCAGCUGAUGAAAUUAAAAUAGCAUAUAAAAAAUUAGCAUUUACAUAUCAUCCAGAUAAGCAAGCUGAUGAAGCAUUAAAAAAAGAAACCCAAGAAUUAUUUACAUUGAUUACCAUGGCAAAAGAUAUCCUCUCUGAUCCUAAAUUAAGAGCAAUUUAUGAUAAAUUUGGUUUGGAAGGUUUGGAGCAUUCAAAAGCAAUUGUAAAUAAAUAUAAAGAAGUAGAUACAUUACUUAAAGCACUUGACCGUAUUAAAAAAGAAAGUGAAGAAGAAAAGUUAAUUGAACAAUUUUCUGCCACCGGUUCACAAUCAAUUUCUUUAGGAUAUCAUCGUGAUUAUAAUCUUUUCUUUUUUAAAACUUUAAAAUCAGAAUCUACAUUUAAUAUCCAAACUAAAAAAUUUGGUAGUUUCGAAAUCAUUCCCUCAAUUACAAAAAAAAAGAAUAACUAUACAUGGUUUGGUUUAGCAACAACAUACAGAUAUGCAGUUAAUUCAAAUUCAGAGUUAUUUUUUACAAAUACAUAUGAAGAAAUUGGAGGUAACUCCCAAACUAUUGGUAUAAAGUCAAUGUUAACUCAAAACAGUUAUGGUUCAAUUUAUGGUUGCGUAGAAAAUGGAGUUCCAAGAAGAGCUGGAGUUAUUUUAACUAAAACAUUAUCACCAACAGUUCAAGCAGUAGCUAGAUGUGCAGUUUCAAGAGAGUUUCAUACAGCAUCGUUAUUAUUAAAGAGAGUUGUUCAAAAGAGAAUAUUUGAACUAUCAUUAGAUUAUCACACAUUAUCAGGUUUACACGCAUCAAUAACAAGAAUAAUCCCAAUUUCAAAGAAAUCUAAACUUUUUGUUUCAAUUGGUGGAUACAAUGGAUUAACUGCCUGGAAUGAUUAUGGCGCUACAGGUUUAACCAUCUCACUAAAUAGAAGACUUUCAAAGGUAUUUGAAAUUGAUUUCUCUAUGCAAAUUACUCCAUCUAGAUUCCUCUAUGUUAUUGGAUUCCAUCAUCGUUAUCAAGCUAUUCAAAUUCCAAUUCCAAUUUAUAGCGAUAGCGAUAUAUCAUGGAAAAGCUCAUUGCUUUUCUUUACUGUACCAACUGUAGCUUAUACUCUUGUUAGACAACUCGUAAUUAGACCUUUACUUAGAAAGAAAGAAGAAAAAAAGAUAAAAGAAAAGAAAGAGAAAUACGCUGAACAAGCUAGAAAAUCAAAGAGAAAGGCUGAAAUGGAUAUAUUAUUGGUCUCUGUAUUGGUCGAAAAUAAAAUUAAAAAAGAAAAAACAAAGAAUGGUUUAAUUAUUCAAGAGGCUAUCUAUGGUAAAAUUAACGAAAAACUCGAUAGUUCCGACCCAUUCAGCGCUGAAUUCCCACCAUAUGUCGAUGUCACUGUUCCACUUCAAUACUUGGUUGAAGAAAGUAAAUUAGAGCUUCAUUCAAAUAAUAAAAAAUCUGAUUUACUCGGUUUCUGGGAUCCAAGAAUUGGUGAAGAAAAACAAUUAAAAGUUACCUAUUUCUUCCAAAACAAAUUGCACAGAGUAGUUGUAAAUGAUAGUGAUCAAUUAUUAAUUCCUUUAAAAUCCCACCUUAUUCAAUAA